CCCAUUCAAAAUGCUCACGCAGAAAAAGAUUCUUACCUGCGUUCGACAGCUAGAUUGGUUCGCAGCGGUAGACCUGAAGGACGCGUACUUCCAUGUCUCCAUCUUGCCUAGACACCGACCCUUCCUACGGCUACUUCACCUGUGCAUCAGUACAAGAAGAAUGUCGAUCUACAAAGUGUCUGUCUCCACAGGCAGCCAGCUCUGUGCUGGAUCAAUGGAACUACAUUUACCUGACUCUGGUGGGCACGGAGGGAUCCAGUGCCAGAACUCUGCUAGAUAAAUCCUUUUUUGAUCAUUUCAAAAGAGGCACGGAGAGAACAUUCAUCAUCAAUGUAAAGGAGAACCUCGGAGACAUUGUGCUUGUGAAACUUGAGAAGGAGAGAUUCGGCAUCAAUGACCAGUGGUAUUGUAGAUAUGUCAUAGUGACGACACCAUCUGGAAACUGCUUGGAGUUUCCCUGUUAUCACUGGCUAGUAGAUGCAACGGGAGUGGUUCUAAGAGAAGGCACAGCUCAAUUGCCUCAGGAUGAUAAAAAUGAAGUUACAAAAGUGCAACGGCGUGCUGAACUGGAAUGCCGGCAAAACAUAUUCAGAUGGAGCCAGUGGCGUCCUGGCUACCCCAUGAGUAUAGAUGACAACCACAAUCUUCCACAAGAUUUGAAGUUUGAAACAGAUAAAACUGUUGACUUUGAUCUGAAUAUUUUCAAGGCGCAAUCGAAUGAAUUUAUUAACAAAAUUGAGGAAAAGUUCCAACCUUGGGAAGGAUUUGAAGAUUUUAAAAAGGUUAAUGUGAUUAUGAAGAACACUGUGCCAGAGUAUCUGAUGGACAACUGGAAUGAUGACUCCCUGUUUGGAUAUCAGUUCUUAAAUGGCUGCAAUCCUGUCAUGAUAAAGAAGUGUGAGAAACUUCCAGCAGAAAAGUUUCCAGUCACAGAGGAGAUGGUGAAGGGCUUCCUAAAGAGAGGUCUCACUCUACAUGAGGAAUUAGAGGCAGGAAAUAUUUACAUCGCAGACUAUGAAAUACUCUGA